CUCAGUUGCGACAAUGACUUUUAUCUUAGGUGCACAUUAACUACGAUUUCUUUACAUCAUCAAGAAAAUUAUUUUUGAAGAAUAAGGAGGAAUAAAAGCAUAUUAAGGAUCGUCAAGUAGAAGAACCACUGUAGGGUUUACUGCUGCCAUGUCACCCAGGUUCCUGCUGCUGUUUACCUUCAGCAUAGCUAUAUCAGGGACUCUUGGAAGAAGGAAACACCAGCUUUUUCGGGAAGAAUCUGCUGGAGUAUGUCCAGGAAUACGAGCCCACACUCCAGACAUGUUGCACUACAUGAUGACUUCCGGGCCGAUUUCCGAGAUGGCUGCCUUUUACAAGCCUGGAAAUGGCACUCAACCAACAAGCAGCAGUUCUAAAAAACCGGGCAAAGACGGAAAGAAAGUUGCUGUCGGAAGCUCGUCAACAAACAGAAUUAAUUUAUCGGAGGAAGUGACAGGGUUUCAGCCGGUGGAGGAGCAGGAUAUAGCAGAUCAGUGUAUUAAGGUGGGACCUUGCGACCGCUCGGCCAAGUACCGCACUAUCAACGGCACCUGCAACAACUUCCAGUUCCCCAUGUGGGGAGUGACGGGGUCGGCUCUCGUAAGACUUCUGCCUGCUAAUUACGAAGACGGGGGACACAAGGUAAGGAAGUCGGAGAGUGGGAAGGAGUUGCCGAAUGUUCGUCAGCUGAGCUCAACGUUGUACAUUGACCGCAACGUACCAGACCUGCUCAACAUGUACAACGUGAUGCAGUGGGGACAGCUUGUGGCACACGACACCACACAUAUCAUGCAGCAAGACGUCGACAGUCAAGGUCUGGACUGCUGCCAGCCUCCGUGUGCCAUCUACACCGACGUGUGUCUGCCUGUACCAGUGCCUCCGAAUGAUCCAUUCUACAACCAGUACCACGUGCCUUGUCUCAACGUCGUCCGCUCUGCCACAACCAACAACAUGAAGUGUCCCCUCUCCCCUCAGCAACAGGUGAUUGGCGUAACACACUUUGUCGACGCCAGUCUUGUGUACGGCAGCACUGACAAAGUGGCCAAGAAGUUGAGGACUUUCAAGGACGGUCUGCUUGAGGUCCGUCCUGACGAUCCCAGAGAGUUCCCUCCACAAUCCGACACUUCUAAAACAGACUGUGACAACGUAGGAUCCGACAAUAUAUGUUACGCUGCAGGGGAUGACCGAGUCAACCAGAACACCGGUAUAACACUGCUGCAGAUUGUACUGUUGAGGGAGCACAACCGAGUGGCUCGUGAACUCAAGGAACUCAACCCUCACUGGAAGGAUGAGAGGCUGUACCAAGAGGCCAGGAAAAUAGUCGGUGCCGAGGUUCAGAGAAUAACUUAUGACGCCUACCUUCCCAUUAUUAUUGGGAAGGAGCAAAUAAAGAAGUUCGGUCUCAAAGACGGUCAUGGGGAUGAGGAUUUUGUGAACGCAUAUGACCAGUUUUUGAACCCAUCUACUCUCAACUCUUUUGCGACAGCAGCUUACAGAGCCUUCCACAGUAUGAUUCCUCGACAGAUUGUCUUGUAUGACGAGGGAUUCAACCCUAUCAAGACAUUGAACAUUGAUGACUUUUACUUCCGCCCCACCAUCAUCCAGAAGCCUAAGAUGUUUGACAAGUUUUUGCGAGGUCUUGCAACCCAAUCUGCUCAAAGUCAGGACCACUUCUUCUCUGCUGGGAUUACAAACCUCCUCUUCAAAUCUGGCAAGCCCUAUGGGAAAGACUUGGAAAGUAUAGAUAUGCAAAGAGGAAGAGAUCACGGGCUACCAACAUACAACGACUUCCGCAAAGCUUGUGGUCUUGAUCCUGUUACUAGUUUCAAGAAGUUGGCCAACUACAUCCAUCCAGAAGCUGUGGAAAAACUAGAGGUGUUUUAUGAGUCGGUGGACGACAUUGAUCUGUUUGUCGGAGGAGUGUUGGAGCCUCACGUCCCAGGAGGUUUGGUUGGACCGACGUUCGCUUGUAUCAUCGGAGAACAGUUCAGACGGUGGAGGAACGGUGACCGCUUCUACUACGAGUUUGGGGACCAGGCUGGCUCUUUUACUCUUGAACAACUCCAAGAAAUCCGUAAAAUGACACUGGCCGAAUUGUUUUGCCGUAACGGUGAUGACAUUGAUAGAAUGCCCACUAAUGUUUUCCUGUCGCCUGGUAUUUUCAAUCAAAUUUACCCUUGCAAACACAUAGUAAAAACAAACCUCGCUCCCUGGAAGGAAAACAUUACAGCAUGAAUGGAAGAGUAAUAAGGAAUUAUAACUCAAUUUAGUAAGUUUAACAUUACCAUAUGUAAUACUAGAUAGUUUUGCUGGUUUGUUUCCUCCGUAGUCAAUAUAAUUAUCACAAACUUUGUGUUUAAUAUGUUGGAAGAUAACAGUUUUGAUUAGAAUAUUUUACUCAGCUGUAAGUGAAUAGAUUAUAUUACAGAUAAUAUUUUAUUAAUGCAUAGAAAUAAAUUAUGAUGUAUGUACAAUUAGCCGAGUAAAAGAUAACCGCUUGGUUAUCAGUAUUUGUUAGAUUUCAUUUAACUUAAAACCGCUGGCAGUAAAAUAAGUUAGACAUUGUAAAACUUGUUUAGUUUCAGAAUCAGACAAAUGUUAAAAAUGUACAGAAUUGUAAAGAGUUACUGGUUUGUUACUGUUAAAAGACCCAAGUGUUGUAAUUAGUUUUUCUAUCAAAAAGAA